UCACUGCGCGGCGCCGGCAGGAAGCGGGGCUCGGCGGCGCACGUGGGGGGGGCGGCGCGGCGGGCGGGCGCAUGGCGAGCCUGCGCGGGGCUGGCGCUGUGCGGGCAGGCGCUGGUGGUGCGGGGCGGCAGCCGGUUCCUGGCCACGUCCACCGCGGGCAGUGACGAUGACGUCCCCUUCAUGUACGAUUGCAGUCCUGCGGAAAAGAAGUCACAGGAGGAUAAAGGGGAGGACGGGCAGCCCGUGGAGAAGGGGAGUGACACGAUCCUGGCGGCCGCCUUCUCCAAGUCUGGCGGCUAUUUUGCUUUAACUGAUGACAGUAAGCGUCUGAUUCUUUUCCGUACAAAACCAUGGCAAUGUCUGAGUGUCAGGACCGUGGUGAGGAGAUGCACGGCCUUGACCUUCAUGGCCUCGGAGGAGAAGCUUUUGGUGGCCGACAAGUCUGGGGACGUGUAUUCCUUUUCGGUGUCCGACCCACAGGGAUGUGGCAAGCUUGAGCUUGGGCACCUGUCGAUGUUGCUGGAUGUGGCCGUGAGUCCCGACGACCGCUAUGUCCUCACCGCCGACCGGGACGAGAAGAUCCGGGUCAGUUGGGCCGCGGCGCCGCACAGCAUCGAGUCCUUCUGCCUCGGGCAUGCAGAGUUCGUGAGCCGCAUCCUCGUGGUGCCCGACCGCCCCGAGCUGCUGCUGUCCUCCUCCGGGGACUGCACCCUGAGGCUCUGGGAGUACCGAAGUGGCCGAGAGCUGCACUGCUGUCACCUGACCAGCCUGCGGGAACCGGCGGAGCCGUGGGGUGACAAGAGGUCUGCGGCGUCCAGGAUCGCGUACUGGGGCCAGGAGAGCUGCGUGGCGCUGCUGUGUGACUGCAUUCCCGUGGUCUACAUCUUCCAGCUCGACGCCCGCAGACAGCAGCUGGCUUACAGACAGCAGCUGGCUUUCCAGCACAGAGUGUGGGAUGUUGCUUUCGAGGAGGGCCAGGGACUGUGGGUCCUGCAAGACUGCCGGGAGGCCCCCCUUGUGCUCUGCAGGCCCGUGGACGGCCGGUGGCAGGCUGUUCCUGAAAACACCGCCUUAAAGAAGGUCUCUGCCCAUCUUCAGGGGAACUGGGCCAUGUUGGAAGGCGUGGUCUGGCGUGGACGCGGGCUUCAGUGGUCUCUACAAGGCCACCUUUGACAAUGUGACCGCCUACCUGAGGAAGAAGGAGGAGAGGCUGCAGAAGCGGCGCCAGAACCCCGCCCCCGGGGGCCCAACGGCAGGCCAAGAAGAUGAAGCCGAGGAGGCGUCCCUGAGGUGCUCGUCCUAGCUGCCCCGGCUCGGCGCGCCCCCUCCCUGCCGGCGGCUCCUCUAGGAAGCAAAGGGGCGGCGUCGUUCCCGACCCACACUAGGUGACAGUCCGCUCUGCACCAGCUCGGCACACGUGGGCCGUCCCGACCUGGAGGAUUUCCUGGCUCUAGAAAUGUUCUGCUGCCGCUGUGCCGAGGCUCCCCUGCCUGGAGUCUCGGGCACCCCUGGCUGAAGGGAAGCUGUGCCGCAGUGUGUCUCUCCCUUCUGGAGAGACUACGAGCAGCGCCGGUGCCUGCAGCGCUGUUGCUUCCUGUCGGAGGGCGACUCGGACCCGCAGCGCGGCGGUGGCGAUGUGGCGUUCUUCCGGGACGCCAGAUGCGUUUGCCUCCAGGGGGCCCACGCAUCAGACGUGUUUGCAGUAGUGCGAUGGACGGUCUGCCCCCGUGUCUCCCUCUCGACGGUGCCCCCCGCUGCCCGGCAUAGGGGCCGCUGGCUUCGCGGAGGUGGAGGACCCCGGCCCUCCGUCAGCACCUGUGUCGUGUGCCCGCGUGGUGCCUGCUCAGGAAGCACAGCUGCCGCCGUGUCGCGGGCUCCCUGGGAACACAGGGCAUGGACUCGGCUGCUCUCGGGCUGUGUGAGGACCCAGGAGCCCUGGCAGGAAACCGUUCUCCAGGGAAACGGUGGAGGCUGUCACACGUGUGUGUGAUUUCCCCAUGAAGCUCUGCGCACGCGACACACAGAACGAGGGUAUCUGCUGAUUCUAAUCACCGAUCAAUAAAAAUGAGCUUUUGCGGCUUUUGGAAACGUGUAGCAGCCACAUGUGGAACUGAUUUCCAAAUACACUGAGCAAAAACCACUUUU